AUGAGUGUUUGUGUUCUUGAUUUGAUUGUAGGAACUACCCUGGGCUUGAUUUUGAGACGCGAUACACGUAGUUCUUCGGCGUUUUACUCUCUUUUAAAAGACUCCGAGCAGUUCGAAACUGAUCUUCAACAGAUUGAGAAUAGGUUAUCGGAACUAAUAACACCAGAUGAACGUUCGUCCUCCAGGGAUAUACUGGAAAGAAUAGGUCUGAAUGAUAUCGAGAGUUUUAUAACACAGGUAAAAGGGAAAACUGACGAAGUAAACGAUUAUCAGCCAGUGGUUGCCGCAAUUUUAAAACAAGCUUGUCAAGGAUUUGAUCUUAGUGUCUUAAGUGAUUAUCGUCAUGGCGGCGAAUCUGGUAAAGUCUAUAUCGAUGGACAUAUUGGCCGAACUGACGUCAUUAACGAACUCAGACCUCUGUUGGAGUCGUUAAAAGAAAUUCCAUACCCCAAAACAUUCUCUUUCGAAGUCAAGAGAAACUUGCAAACUGAUUACAAACAUGUUUUGGGUCAAAUGGCCGAAGCUACGGCGUUGUUUUAUGCUACCAGAGAUCGGCAACCAACGGAUAAUUAUACCCGACAUUAUACAUACUUUUCUAUUGCUAGCGACGUACGAAGCUGGCUUAUAUUGAUGUCAUAUGUAGAUAAUAAUGAUAUUCACGUCAUCAAUUCAGGCAUCAAAAAAUGGGAAGACUUGAACCAUUAUAUAAUUCAAAUUUUCAUAUACCUUGAGAAGCUAGAUUUGCGUGCCUCUGCUGAGGUUACAGAUAAUGUAUUUCAGGAUACAUUUCUGAUGCGUGUGGAAGCUAGUUAUGGCAGGCUUUACAAGGGCACUGUUCCUGUACAGAUUGGAACAAUUUUGGGUAGUGGUACCUGUUUUGAUGUCCUUGAAGGUAUUAUCAAAGAACAAAAGUAUGUAAUUAAGAUCGAAAAAUUAGCUGGAGCAGCAGAUCGUGAAAGUAACAUUCUCAGCAAAAUCUCUGGCACUGAUCAGAAUCUUCCAAAAAUUGUGGCUGUUGGAGUUGAUGUAGAGGGUGGGAAAAGAAUAUUAGUGGAAGAACCAUUGGGGAAAUCAUUGCGUACUCUAUCUUUACCAGUAGCUCCAACAAUGGUUUGUAAUGUUGCUGCAUCAAUUCUUCUGGCUCUCCAAACUCUUCAUCGCGCGGGAUAUAUUCAUGGUGACGUAUCUGAUUCGAAUAUAAUUGCAGUUGACACCCCACUUGGAUGGCAAACAGAUCAAUAUGUCUUAAUUGAUUUUUCAUCUGUGAGCAAUGCAGCAGAUAAAUUACCAUCAUAUUUACAUGUAAAUACCGAAUUUGUAUCACCAUUGAUACUUUAUUUUGGACGUUCAUAUGGUGAUGAUCUUGUCAGUCUCUCACUGGUUCUUAUGAAACUACUCAAAGGUUCACUCCCCUGGUCUCAGUCUUCAAAUGAAAUUAAUGGAGGUGUUCUUGCAGAGCGUAAAUUUGCACUUAUAGGCUUGUUUACAGCACACUACCAACCAAGUACUGUUGGUGGAAUUAUCUCAGAACAUGUGAAGGAUCAUUGUGCUGAAUGUUUAUUGUGUGAGUUUGCACAAUGGGCACGAUAUUAUGAAUGGGAGGUAGAGGGUCAGUUAGAUUACAGUAAAUGGAUACUGAAAUUCAAAGAAGCAG